CCCACCACUCCGUCAUCCACCUCACCGCCAUCCAUGGCCGCAGCGGCCAUGGCAUCCUCCCCGACGGCCUUCCACCUCCGCCACCCCCCUCGCCUCCGCCUCAUCCUCCUCUCCUCCAACCCCCUCUCCACCUCCUCCCCUUACCCAUGGCUCUCCGCCUGGUCCCGCCCCGGCCACCGCAGCCGCCUCCGCCCGCCGGCCUCUGCGCUCGACCUUCGCCCGGAGCCCUCGCCCUCCUCGGACUCCGAAGACGAGGACGCCGUCGGCAUCAGCCGGUCCUCUGGCCGCUCCACCAUGUCCCUCAUCUCCGCGCUCCAGCGCGCCGGCUUCACCCCGGAGGGGCCCCAGCAGGCCGUGGCCCCGCCGCCGCACCCGCCGCGGGGGUCGGUCGAGGACGUGUUCCGCGUGGACGACGGCGUGCUCCCCAACGCGCGCGGCGGGUUCGACGCCGACGCCUACGCCUACGCCGAGGAGGAGCAGGGGAUGCUCGGGGACGCGCGGUUCCCGUGGGAGCGGCCCAUGCCGCCGCCCGAGGCCGCGCCGCGGGCGGCGCGGUCGCCGACGUGGAUGGCGGAGCUGACGCUCCCCGCCGCCGAGCUCAGGCGGCUGCGGCACGCGGCCAUGAGGGUCAAGUCGAGGACCAAGGUGGGUGGCGCCGGGGUCACGCGGGAGGUCGUGGAGAAGAUCAGGGAGAAAUGGAGGACGGAGGAGGUCGUCAGGGUCAAGGUCUCCGGCACGCCCGCGCUCAACAUGCGCCUCUUCCACGAAAUACUCGAGAGAAAAACAGGAGGUUUGGUAAUAUGGAGGUCAGGGACUUCAGUUUCUCUGUACAGGGGAUUAGACUAUGAUGAGGCUGAACCCACUAAGGGGUCAAACAAGAUUUCACAGUCCCUUGGCAUGAAAUCCUCAAUUAAAGGGUCUCCAAGUCCUUCCUUACAACCUACUGAGAAAGUGUACAAUGCACAUGAUAGCAAUGGAGCUUUAGUUUCUAAUACUGGGAAGGAAGAAAUAGUUGAACAAGUGCCAGAAAUCAAAUAUGAAGAUGAAAUUGACAAGCUAUUGGAAGAACUGGGCCCAAGGUACAGUGACUGGCCUGGAUCUGAUCCAUUACCAGUGGAUGCAGAUUUGCUUCCUGCAACUAUUCCAGGUUACAAGCCCCCUUUCAGAGUUCUUCCAUACGGUGUUCGGCCAUCUCUUAGCCGAAGGGACACUACCAAUUUACGCCGUCUUGCCAGGGGACUGCCUCCUCACUUUGCUCUUGGACGCAGCAGACAACUCCAAGGCUUAGCAAAUGCUAUGGUCAAGUUAUGGGAGAAAAGUUUAAUUGCUAAAAUUGCUUUGAAGAGAGGGGUACAGCUUACCACCAGUGAGAGGAUGGCUGAAGAUAUCAAAAAAUUAACAGGUGGUAUAAUGCUGUCAAGGAACAAUGACUUUAUAGUCUUCUACAGAGGGAAGGAUUUCUUGUCCUCAGAGCUUGCAGAGGUGCUUCUAGAGAGAGAACGAUUAGCAAAGUCCCUACAAGAUGAAGAGCAAGCGCGACUAAAGGCAGCAUCUUCAUUUUCUUCGGGCAGCGACGCAUAUGUACAGCCAACUGUAGCUGGUACUCUGGAAGAGACUCUUGAGGCUAAUUAUAAAUAUGGAAAUAAAUUGGAUGAGGAUCAUGAGGACAAGAUGGCAAGAACAGUAGCAGCUGCAAGACAUGCUGACCUUGUAAGAAAGCUAGAGUGGAAGCUCGCACUUGCACAGAAAAAGAUGGAGAAAGCUGAAAGGGUACUAGGAAAAGUUGAGACAGCCCUGAACCCAACUGAAGGUACCAAGCCGCCUGAAACAAUAACAGAUGAAGAGAGGUUCAUGUUUCGGAAACUUGGUCUAAGGAUGAAAGCAUUUCUGCUCCUUGGAAGAAGAGGAGUUUUUGACGGCACAAUUGAAAACAUGCACUUGCACUGGAAGUACAGGGAGCUGGUGAAGAUAUUAGUGAAAUCAAAGUCUUUUUCGGAUGUCAAGAGGACAGCGUUGUCACUUGAAGCCGAGAGCGGUGGCAUUUUAGUUUCUGUGGACAAAGUCUCUAAAGGCUACGCCAUUGUUGUGUUCCGCGGGAAGAACUACAGGCGUCCUUCUACGCUCAGACCCAGAAAUCUCCUGUCGAAGCGGAAGGCUCUAGCUAGGUCCAUUGAGCUUCAGAGACACCAGGCCCUGAGUCGCCAUUUCGCAAAGCUAAACAGAAAGGUGGAGCAGCUUAGAGCGGAACUGGUCCAAAUGGAAGGCGUGAAGGAGCAAGGCGACGAGGAGCUGUACGCCAAGCUGGAUUCUGCGUAUUCGAGCGACGAGGAAGACAUGGAGGAUGAGGAUGACGAGGCCUACCUCAAGCGCUUCGACAACGAGGUCGCUGGUGUUACCGCCGAGGAUGGCGACGACCCCGUGUACGAUGAGGCCGAUUACCCUGACUCUGAAGAUGAAGCCGAGGACGACGAGAGUUUCGAUUCCGAAAAUGAUGAAGAUGCCGACGAGGCUGCCGGAACUCCCGGCGGCGAUUUCCGGAGCGAAGCGGGGUUUGGUUUUCCCGCCAGAGAGUACAGGUUAGGAGGCGAUCACAAUGGGGAGCGUAGCACGGCAGGUGAGACCAGGAACUCACACGCCGCUGAUGAACAGCGGACUGAGCUGACGAACACGAGCUCUUGUAGCUAGGCAAUUCCGUGUGUACAUACGGUAAAAUCACAGCAUCUGUUUGUUCAUUGUUUUGAUCGCUGCCAGAUCCUUGGUCGUUCGAUCAGGGUUUUUA